GGCACCUGUCCGUGGUGUUCAAAUAGGACCGAUCAUGUCUACUUUAGAUACAAUAAAGUUAUCAGAACCCAUAAGUCUGCGAAGAUUUUCUUCAAGAAGCUCUUUACCGUUUACUGCCGGUGAGCCAUUAACUGUUUUACCAGAUGGAGCAGAUGCAAUACGUGUCCAAUGGAAACCUUCAGAGACGUUACUCAGUAAAUCGCCUCAGCGUGGUAUUUCAGAUUACCGACUGGAAAUGAGACGACCAUAUGACUUAGAAUGGAAAUCUAUUGGAAUGCCAAAAAGUUUAGAUUUAAUUGAUGGAAUUGCACCGAUUACCAGUCCAGUGGAAUAUAGGUUGGAUAAUUUAAAGCCUGGUGAACAUAUUGAAUUACGUAUAGCUACUCGACCCAGUCGUUCUGGACCGCCGAUUCCAGUGACUGAUACUCUAUCUUAUCAGUUCAUUCCUCCUUAUGAUAUCCCUUCAAAACCCAGAGGACCACUAAUGGCUGAUAUACUACCAAUGUAUUCCCCAGUAUAUUCGAGAAGACCAUCAUCGGUUCUAGAAAGAGUCGAAUCCCCACUAUCCUCUUCCAUCCAAGAUUCAAAGAGUAUUGAGCUUAAAUGGCAUCCUCCUUUGGAUACAGGUGGUCUACCAAUAACAGAAUAUGUGAUAGAACGUCGUGGAGGUCCGAUUAAAAGUUUUAUAAAUGAAUGGAUUCCAGUAUUGUCUGUUUCAGGAGAAACAACUAAAGCGAUGAUUCCAUUCCCAAGUGCUUUAACUAAUGUCUCACCGUAUUCAUUUCGUGUCCGAGCAGUUAACCGUAUGGGUGCGAGUAGUCCGCUAGAAACUACAAGACCAUUAAACUUUGAGGCAUUAUUGUUAGACCAGACUAGUAGGCCCUCUUCACGUACUAGUUAUCGACCACUGCCACCUGCUGCCCCGGUGGGUCCAUUAAGGUCAGAAUUACUUCCAUUUGAUUCACGUGUUCAUCUAGAAUGGCAGCAUUCUGUCAAUGGUCCGUACAAAUUAGAUGAAUCACGAUCCAUGCCGUCAACUUACGUCAUCGAAGCAAGCGAAGCGUGUAGACCAGGUGGACCUUGGAUUGAAGUAGGCCGUGUGCCUGGCACUGUAACAUCUGCUGACGUUCGAAUUCUACCAACAUCAUCCAAAAGCGAGUCAUACCAAUUCCCCUCUACUCUUCUGUACCGAGUAAGGGGUGAAAAUGAUUUCGGUUCAAGUGCACCCCUGGUGACGAGAAUCGAACCAUCCAGUCGAUUUGCAUAUGGAUCCCAACCUGAGCUUGAAUAUCCAAAAUUUACCCCUGGUAAUCUUCAAGCUCGUUUACUACCAACAUCAUCAGAAUAUCAGCUACCUCAAAUUGAACUGCAUUGGCCCUCAGUGGCACCAGAGUACAGGAGACGGAGCACAGCAUCAAGUGAUGAUCUAUUAAGCCACCGUAUUAUACCAGAUACAAGUUACCUUCUUCAAGUCAGAAAAGCUGAAGAUAUAGGAUGGCAAACAAUAGCUAGUUUACCAUAUGGACAAGAAAAGUUCAUCUAUCGUCCAAAGAUGGAAGAACUCAAUAGACCGCGCUCCAGUUUAGGUUCAGCUUAUAAACUGGAAGAUAAACCACUAUUUGAAGGUUACCAGUUUCGUGUUGCUCCCAGAAGUCAUUUUGGGGUUGGAAAGUUUUUGGAGUCAGACGUAGUUAGCUGGACUGCGUCACAUUUAAGACCUGAAGACUUCAGAACAAUAAGGUCACCAGGACCUGUGACAAUGGAAAUCAAGGCUCCAUUUGUUCCCCAACCAAUGAUAUCUCCUCCUGAACGAUUCCAUUUGGUUGAUGUGUCUAUGGGAGCACCUAGUGGGCGUUUACAAGACAGAUCAGGAAGUGUGACUCUACGCUGGCAUCCUCCAACCGGCAUGCCUUCAACUUUGCGCUCCAAUGCUGACUUUGUUAUUGAAUCAUGGCGUCCAGACAAACAAGAAUGGUGGCCUGUAGCUCGACGAUCAGCUGCAGUCAGUGCAGAAUCCAUACCGGGCACGUACGAAUUACAAGUAAAUGGUUUACCUCUCGGACAAACGUAUCAUUUCCGUGUUCUAACGGAAACUAGAGAUGCUCGAAGUGAACCAACCGUUCUUCCACAACCUGUUUUUAUACCAAAGUUGGAUACUGAAACAAAAGCAAUACCUGCCCCUCCAUCUCAUUUGAGAGUUUCAUCAUUGACUGGCACUUCUAAAAGUGCUUUAAUAACAUGGCUGCCCCCAGGAACAGUAACAUUUUCAGAACGACGUAAUAAUUUGGCAUUAUGGUCUCCACCAAUGGGAUAUGUACUAGAAUACUGUGUACUGCCGUCCAAAGAAAGUGAACCGACUAAAUGGAAACGUUUAGCGGAACUGAAUGCAUGGGAAACUUCUUAUCAAACAAAUGAUUUAGAACCUGGCAGCAGAUAUUUGUUCCGUAUAAUGUCACGUGGAAAGACCACUGAUUCACGUUCUUUUACACCAUCACGAUUUGGAAGAAUUGGCCGAAGUACAGUUGAUUCCGGGGUUUUUAGUGAGGCGACUCAUUCAGAAAUAUUUGAAGUGCCAAGACAAUCACUAACUAUGCCAAGGCUCACGGGUGAUUUAAUUGUACAACCAGUUUCUACGUCCUCUCUUACACCAUCUGUCUCCUUGAACUGGAACCCAACCAGUGAGCCACUCACAGGAUAUAUUCUGGAUUUAUACGAUUUAAACGAACCAACUGGUUGGAGAACAGUUACUCGAAUGAGUACAAAUGAGAUAAUUCAUCCCUUCCGUGGUGUUACUGUGACGGGUUUGAUACCUGGUCAUUCUUACCGAUUCCGUGUUAUGCCAAACACUUACACCCUACAUGGUACCAAAUCAUUAGAAUAUGAUAAAAUAGAUUAUGAUUCUUUAAUUAUACCUCCACCUAAAGGUCCACUGCAUAUUGAAUCAGUUAGUGAUGGAGUCUACCGUUUGAGUUGGCGACCAGUGCAUCUAAGGAGUACAACAGCAAAAACAGACAACACUAUACAUUUAAAUAAACUAGAUGAUCAAAUUGAAUAUAUCAUUGAAGAACAAACUCCAGCAAGACGAUUUUGGUUAGAAGUUGGUCGAACACGUCUAACAAAUUAUGUCUUGCCGGUAGGCGAUUCUACAGUCAGAUUCCGUAUACGUGCAACAUUAGCUGAUGUUUCGUCCAUCAUUGAAAAACGUGGCAACUACUCACUAUCAUACGAUGGUUUACUAUCUGAUUGGAUUCGUUCUGCCGAUGAAAGUGUCGAAUUUGGACACAUCUCUCGUAUUCAUGAGGAUUCAAGGAGACGUUUAUCGAGUGAUACAGCAUUUGAUAUUGGCAGAAUAGUACCAGAUCGAUUGCAUGUUCUUCACAUAGGUCCAACUUCUGCUUUAUUGGGUUGGGAUUCUUUGAUAACGGGUGAAACGAAAACAUACCCAGGUUAUCUGAUUUUAGAACGAUGCGUUAUAAAUGAGUUCAAACCAAAUAUUUGGGAGCCUAUCGCUAAAGUUCAUGCUUCUGAAACAUCUUAUGAAGUACAUGGUUUAUCUUCUGGCACCACGUAUAAUUUCCGUCUAGUUGGCUUUGAAGAAUCGACCAAAACACGUAGUACAAAAUAUUGUCAGCUAUCAACACCAUUUAAAACACUUGGAAAACGUGAUUCACUUGAUGAAAAUUUGAAGAUACAAUGGAUCGAUAAACCGAGAUUACUCAGUGCCAGUGGAAAAGUUGAAGGAGGUCAAGAAGGCAUCAUGUUAACUUGGAAAGCUCCAGAAAUGCCUAACCGGUUGGAUGAAAAGUUACUUUAUAGAAUUGAAGUUGUCUCGGAAUUAAAAUCAACUCAAUAUUUUAUCAAUCAUGUAAAGUUAGAUAAUUUAUUCUCCAAAUCUGAUCAGUUACCUAGUUAUGAAGGUGUUGGUAUACGGUCUACAGCUAGACGAAGGCAUAUAAGAUCAGUUGACUUAGACCAACAACAAUGGCAGUUUCGUGUUUUCGCUGAACUGGAUGAUAAACAAAGUUUGCCAGCCAUUACACAAACUCCAAUCACAUUGAUUCCUCCAACCAAGCGAAGCUCAUUACGUUUUCUGAAUUUGAAGGACGAUCGGAUUAUCUAUGCUGUUCAUGGAAAAAAACUAGUACUAUCUGUAGAAAUUGAAGGAGAACCGAAGCCAGAGGUUACCUGGUAUCUGAAUCAUAUACAAAUCGAUGAUAGGAUAUUACCUGGUUGUCGUGUGGCCCAAGUUGGAGUUGGUGUCUAUGAACUAACUAUUGAACAAGUUCAGCAACAGCAUACUGGUUUUCUAGAAUGUCGAGCCUGGAAUGUCUAUGAAUCGAUUUCAGAGACUUGGAAGUUGAUCGUUUCAGCUGUCCCACGAUUCGGUCGCCUCGGAUGGGCUGCACAACCUCGUGAAUACGAAUUAAGACAUGGAGAUAGCUGGUAUCUACGUAUUCCAUUAGAAGGUUUAGAUUAUAUACAAGAUCAAGAAUGGAUUACAAAAGUUUGGUUCGAACGCAUAAGUCAUAUAACAACCGGUUUGUCAGUUGAACCGUUAGAAAAUCGUGUUCGAUUAAAUUUAUCAUAUGGUUGUCCUGAUACUGGACUAUAUCGCUUAUGGAUACAGAAUCAAGCUGGCCGAGAUUAUAUUGAUAUACGUCUACGCAUUGCUGAUAAACCACAUAUUCGAUUGCAAAAACCUAGAUCUCAACUUAAAUUUACUGGUUAUCGUGUGGAAUACUGUCGUGAUGAACCUGGUGAAGAUUGGCACCUAUUAGGUACUACAUCUGCUGAUCAAACGCAUUUCACCGCUCGUAGUCAAUUGGAGAAAGAUUUAAAUUAUCGUUUCAGAGUACGACUAGAAAAUUGGCAUGGAUUGGGACCAGCUAGUGAGGCCUCAGAUGCUACACAGUUACCAGUACAUCAUUUUACCGAAGUUUUGAAUCUCGAUGAUUUGGAAUUCCGUCAUUAUACAGAUGGAUCGUUUGAUUCACGAUAUGAAAUUAUGGAAGAACUGGCCCGUACGAAAUACUCUGGGCUGUAUCGACUUGCAGAACGCUCGACUGGCCGUUCUUGGUUGGCUACGAUUGUAGAUACAACUCCAUCCGCAUUAUCUAGACGUCCGGCUAGUGCAUUAGGCAAACGUGAUAUCAGUUAUCCGGAAUUACCUCCACGCCCAGUUAGCGUUUUGGAUAAUGAACGUUCUGUGCGCAGACGUGCUUCAUAUGAUAUUUCACGAUACACUAAUCGACAUGAUAUUACUGACUGGGAACAAGAGAAGGCUGAACGCGAAUUGAAGCUGUUUUCACGCAUUCAACAAGAAAGUUUUGCACACCUUCAUGAGGCAUAUACAGAAGCUAAAAGGACUAUUUGUGUUAUGGAAGAUGUUACGGCUGGAGACACAUUAUGGCACCAAUUGGAUAGACGUAUUACAGUGACUGAGCAUAAAGCAGCUGACAUAUUACGUCAGCUUUUGGAUUUAACGGCACAAAUACACAAAAGUGGUCGCGUGCAUCUUGGUUUACAGCCAGAAAAUAUAUUCUUACUGACCAGACAAACACAAGCACCAAUAAGUGAUAAGCCUGUUCGUUUAUCGUUCCGUUCUAUGGUGUACAUCCCACCAGAGUUGACUAGUUCUAUGCCGAUUAGUAAAUCAGCUAGAAUUGGUCAAUCUGCUGAUAUGUGGUCGUUGGGUCUGUUACUCUACCAAAUGACUACUGGUGACACAGAAGGAUUACCUGAACCAGAAAAGCUUGAAAAAAUGCAUUAUUCUUCAAAAAUGGUUGAUUUUACCAAACGUUUGUUACAUCCUGACCCAAAACAACGAAUGACAGUUCACCAGGCAUUACAACAUCCGUGGAUAACAAGUACGGCGGGUAAAAAGUCUGAUAUAGUUGAAGAAAGUGAAAGUAAAUUCAAGUCGCUAUCACUACCAAGACCACCGUCAUCAGGAUCUACUGUUGAAUCUCGCCAAUAUUAUUAUAAUGAUUAUCAAACUUCAUCAUCAAAAGAAUCUGAAGAGAUCGUUGUACACGCUAGAAUAACACCACGUGGUCAAGCACCUGAAAUAUUAACACCUAUGGGAUCAGUUACUGCAGCAGAAGGUAGUACCACAGUAUUACGUUGCGCUGUUUACUUGCCAAAAAUACGAAAAUCAUCACAUCCAACCGAUCAGAUGAGCGAUUUACAGAUUCGUUGGUCACUAAAUGGUCGUGAAUUAAAUGUUGGUCAUAUAUUGCCAUCUUUAAAAACCCCACCUACUCAGCAUUACACUUGCACCUAUGAUACAGAGACGGGGGAUAUUAAGCUUCACAUCAGUGAUGUCACAGUAUAUGAUGCUGGUACAUAUGAAGUUACUGUUACUGGCCGAUAUGGUCACGUAUCAGAUUCAGCAAACCUUAAAGUUUAUGGUAAGUAA